AUGCCUAGCCGCGACUCGGAUCGCCCACCGCCCGACAGGUCGAGGCGCAAAGCGACACCGACACGCUGCCGUGAUGGAGCUGCCGACACCUUCUGGCCGACGCAGCGCGCGACACUCGCCACCCCGUCGGCCAUCAUCAUCUGGUCGAUCUACCCAAGAAGUACGCCACGCGACCACAAGUCAGCCGCCAGUACCGACAGCCGUCGAGCCGCUUUCGACACUCUUCCAAUCCUACCGCCCUGGCCGCCACCAGAUCGCUUCGACAUCUACCGCUCGCAACGACACCGUUUCGGGCGGCGUCCGCACCCCACCACACGCCAGAGCCGAUAUGAGAGACUUCCCUUCGACAUGAGCGACCUUGACUUGCUGCAGAAGGUCAAGAGUCCUACGAGGAGGCAAAGGGAGCGACAAGAACAAGACAUCGUCUACCAGGAGACACCCGCCUUCUGGAUUGACACUCCUCCUAUGCGUCACUCGGGCAACCAAAGUUUCGCUGUCGACCCUCGUACUGACGCCUUCGACCACAUUCCACUCCGGCAUGUCCCCAAAGGCUAUCAUCCCGAACUCGUCGGCGACAUAUCGUACGGGCCUUCCAUCUACGCUACGCGACAGAUGAUGGCCGAUCCAAGCGACGACACUCGGAACAACGUCGGAAACCUUUUUCAGAAACUUGACGUCGAUGAAUGUCAUCGCCUCCUGUCCUCCUCGCUGAUCCGCGGACAAGUGCUCUACAACAUCUUGAGCUCUGCCCUCGAUGCGACACCGCCGAUUUCGGGAUCAUCGACACUCUGUGGGGAAUACUUCGACGAGCUCGCUCAGAAGGAUGCCGCGUACUACAAUGUCCUCCCUCAUGGCACUGGACCUCCACACCAAUCUAAGCAGGAGCUUCAACCGCACCACACCCAAGACGGAAUCACC